AUGGCCUGUAUAUUCGCCAUCUUCUUAAAUACCGGAAUGAACUUUCCGAUAGAAAGUCGCUUGGUGCUUACACAUGCACAUGAGUAUAAUCCACUCUACAGUAUUCACGCUGUAGACUCCAGCUUUCAGUUUCCACUUCCGGAUGUAGACUCUAGCGUUUACGUAACUGAGAGCCCAGUAAGGGGGCCGGGCACCUAUCUUGCGGCUUACUGUUCAAUCCAGAAGGACGGUAAGAGUAUCUUCUAUCUUUUAAGAGAAAAGUGGACCAGCCUGGUGCAUAACCAGUACAUCUGGGCUGGAAAUGAGGUCAACUUGACGCCGGAUUGCUUACGAUUCAUAAGAGGAAUGUGGAAACCAGCACGAUAUUUCACCAAGAUUCAUACUAACCAGCUUCUGACAACUCGAAAGUGUAGCGAAAAGAAGCUUGUCGAUCUAGCCUUGCAAGGUCACAUCACAAUAAAUGGUAACUAUGGCUUACAUACCAGCACUAGAAAUGGAAAUGCACCGGUAGUUAUAUUUGAUGAGCCGCUCAAGAUUAAGCGGAUUAUUCUAGAUAAUUCAUUCAUCAGCAUGGCGGAAUACAAUGGCUUAAAGUACGCACUAGCAUGGUAUCAAGGCCAUCCACACGUCUUCAGCAGAAGAUUAGAUGAGGAGGUAUGGCACCUGGUUACGAGUGUGGGUAAGGAUGCGGACAAUGCGAAUGAAAUCUACCAAUUCCUCCUGGAAUCCAGCCCCCCAUUAGCUAAAUACAGUAAGAGAAUAACCAGUAUGGAACUGCAGUACCGGAGCCUCAUGAGAUUGGCCGGCGAGAAAUGGCUGGAGAUUGGCCCGGCAAGAUUGCUGGACAUGGACCAUCAGGGUAGAAGCCUUCAAGUAAAAAUUAAUAGAAUUAUCCCGCAACCGGCGAGGGGAUUUAUUUGCGGGAAUAUAAGCUGA